CAGAAGAGAUGGAUUCUAAAGCAGAACAUGAGUGUAUUAACAUCAAACAGGAGAAUUUAAAUACUGCAAAUUAUCAAGAAUAUUCAAAUAAUGAUUUCACAAUUAUUCAAGAAAGCAUUUAUGUAGAAAGCACAGAAAUCAAACAAGAACAUCUCUUUGGUUGUACAACUAAAAAUGAAAUAUUGGAACCAAAGGAUGAAGUCAACGAGGAUUAUCUUAGCAAAGAGGAUUACAGCAAUGAGGAUUAUGUUAGCAAUGUGGAUGACGUUGCCGUUGAACUUGAUAUUAAGAAAGAACCUUUAGACAUUGUAAGUGAAACAAACACUAAUCUUGCUUUAGAGGAAAUUAGGGGAUGUGAAGUUGAGCCGAAUGUAAUAUUGAACUCUGCUGAACAUAUUGAAAGAGGUGCAGUUAUUCUUGAUGAUUUAUCUAAUAGUGAACAUGAUAUGAAUGACAGAAGAGAUCAUACACUUGAAAUAAGUUCAGAAACUCUAAAUAAAUCAAUUGAAUCAUUCAGAUGUGAGAUUUGUGGGAAAUGUUACUCUAUCAAAAAUGAUCUUGACAAACAUGCUUUGAAACACACCAGAGAGAGACCAUUUCAUUGUCACGUUUGUGAAAAAAGCUUUACAUCCUCACUUUUGUUAAAACGUCACAUCUUGAAUUUGCAUUCGGAUUCAGGUGAAAAGCCUUUCAAGUGUAAAAAUUGUUCAAAAAGCUUUCUGUGGUCUUCCAAAUUAAAAGUUCAUGAACGAAUACAUACUGGGGAACGACCAUUACAGUGUAAAGUUUGUGGUAAAUGCUUUAAUAAUUUAGGUUCUUUUGGCAUUCACCAGUUGACUCAUUCUGGAAAAAAAACUAUAAAUGUAGAAACUGUUUCAAAUGCUUUUUAAGAUAUGAUGAUUUAAGAAAGGAUGAAACGAUCCAUACAGACCUACG